AUGUCAAGUAAAAUAGAUGAAUUAACGGCUAGCUUCAAAAAUCUAGCCAACACAUUCGCAAAUAGGUCCAUGAGCAAAGACAAAAAUCCUACCAUCAGAAAACAAAGAUCUAAAUUUAUAAAAAAAUCAAAUGAAGCUGAAUCAUACGAAGAUACAGAAAUUGUAAAACAUCUAGUAAAGCGCCAAAAGAGCGAAUCUGACAAAUCCUUUAUAAAAAAGUCACUGGCAAACAAUGUGAUCUUCUCUACACUUAAUGAUCUGGAAAUGUCAGCCUUUGUGGACUCAAUGUCCUAUUAUGUCUUCUCAGUUGGCUCAAAAGUUACAGAACAAGGCACAAAUGGCUCUUACUUCUUUGUUAUAAAUGAUGGCAUCUUCGAUGUGUACAUUGACGGGAAACUUGUCAACACCAUGGAAAGAGGAACGGCUUUCGGAGAAAUAUCCCUGAUAAACGACACACCACGAACAGCAACAGUUAUGGUGAGAGGAGUAACGGAAAAUGUUAAGGCCUCAAGUGAUACUCUGGGAUCACUUUGGGGAGUAAACCGAACGGUAUUCAGGGAAACACUAAAGAACAUUUCCAUGGAAGUCUAUUCCCAAAAUAGGUCAUUUUUGGACUCAGUUAAGAUUUUCGAAAUGCUAACUGAGAACCAGAAAAACAUGGUAACCAACGCAUUUGUGGAAUCCAAAUUUGUACCAGGAGAUAGGAUUGUAACACAAGGUGAUUUUGGUGAUGUUCUGUACAUCAUAAAGGAGGGAAAAGCAGACGUAUUAAUAAAUGACGAAAAGGUAAGAACACUCACAAACGGGCAAUAUUUCGGAGAAAGAGCCUUGCUUUACGAUGAACCGAGGAGUGCAACGAUAGUAGCCACUGAAGAUACGGUCUGUGUUUCAUUAGGCCGUGAAAUUUUAAAUAAAGUCUUGGGCAACCUAGAUAACGUGUUGUUCAGAAACGUAAUGAUGGAAUACCUUCAGAAUUCGACAGUAUUCAGACAGUUCACACCUGAUCAACUGGCAAAACUUAUUGAAUCCGCAAGCGUUAGAGACUUUAAGCUCGGCGACGUAAUUUUACAUAAGGAAGAGAAGAUCAAGGGGAUAAGGUUCUUCAUACUCCUCGAAGGCUCAGUUCAAAUUUUAUAUGAGGAUAACGAGAUUGGAGUCAUGGAAAGAGGAGACUCGUUCGGAGAAGAAUACGUUUUGUCGCCAGAAAUACCAUUCGCCCACACAGUCAAGUGUAUCAGCAACGACAAAAGAGCAGAAGGAAACUGCAAAUUAGCACUCCUAACCAAACAUGCAAUUCAUGAGAUUUUAGGAACUGACUUAAUUGACGAGAAACUUGAUUAUAACAACAAAUUGUCUGUAAUAAAGAAGAUGUAUAUCUUCAGAUACCUGUCGGAGGCCCAUCUUGAUAUGCUGAUAAAAAAAUUCAAGAGCAAAAGAUAUAAGAAGGGAGAAUACAUAAUAAGAGAAGGAGAAGUUGGAGAUAGUUUUUACAUCAUAAGUAAAGGAGAUGUAGACAUCAUAAAGUCUGGAACACGCCUAAGAACACUGGGGAAAAAUGACUACUUUGGAGAAAGAGCAUUGUUGUACGAUGAGCCCAGAACUGCAUCAGUGGUGUGUUCCUCAGCAAACUCGGACCUUUGGGUCGUUGAAAAGUCUGUAUUCCUCAAGAUUGUAGAGGACCCGAUGUUGUCACAUUUAGAGAACAGAAUCCGUGUUCAAGACACUAAAGUCUUAUUUGAAGACCUGCGCACUGUUAAACAGAUAGGAAGAGGUACCUUUGGGACCGUCAACCUGGUAGUUCACGAACCAAGCCAACUCAGAUUUGCACUCAAAUGCGUGAGUAAAAAGCUCAUUGUAUAUAACAAACAACAAAAAAAUAUUAAAAUGGAAAAAGAAAUUAUGGCUCAAAAUGACCACCCAUUUAUUAUUCAACUAGUAAAAACGUUUAAAGAUGAUGAAAAUAUAUAUUUCCUUACUGAGCUUGUAACUGGUGGAGAACUAUUUGACGCACUAAGAAAACUUGAAUUGUUAAAAAAACCACAAGCACAGUUUUACCUAGGAUCAAUCAUACUGGCUCUAGAAUAUUUACAUGAACGCCAAAUUAUAUACAGAGAUUUGAAGCCGGAGAAUGUGAUGUUGGACCACCAAGGGUACAUUAAACUGAUUGACUUUGGUUCUGCUAAAAAAAUAGAGGGAAGAACCUUCACGGUGAUUGGGACGCCACAGUACAUGGCGCCGGAAGUCAUAAUGGGCAAGGGAUAUAACUGUAUGGCUGACAUUUGGAGUAUUGGAAUUUGCCUGUACGAGUUUAUAUGCGGGCCGCUUCCAUUCGGAGAUGAUGCUGUGGACCAGUUUGAUGUGUUCAAGAAAGUGUUACAUGGCAAGUUUCCAGAUUUCAUGAAAGAUCAAGAUGCAAUCAACCUGAUCAAGAGACUACUUUGUAGAAAAACUGAACUUAGAAUAGGAAACUCUAUAAACGGAUUCAAAGAUAUCAAAGAACACCCAUACUUUAGAGAUUUUGAUUGGGAUUUAUUGGCUUGCAGAGGUUUGAAGCCGCCAUUGAUUCCAGAUGAAGAAAAUUAUAACCAAGAGUUUGACGACGAACAACCUAAGAUCUCGGAACAAGAUUUAGAUUCCGAUGUAAGCUCAGACGACUGGGAGCAAGAUUUUUAA